AUGAUAGUGAAUGCUAUGGCUUCGUUUUCAGCAACAACUACGUCUAUAAACUUACACGUUAGCAUGCUGCAAAAUGCCACGCUCCAAAACAAAACAAACGUCACUACAAUUGAGAAUCCCCAUCCGGAUUGGGCCGACCUUUUGCUCUUAAUAGUAAAAGGUUUCAUCUUCUCAACGAUCAUAAUCAGUGCAAUCCUCGGAAACGCACUGGUGAUCAUCAGCGUCCACCGCCACAGGAAGCUGCGGGUAAUCACGAAUUAUUACGUAGUAAGCCUUGCCAUGGCCGAUAUGUUGGUAGCACUGUGCGCGAUGACGUUCAACGCUAGUGUGGCACUUAGCGGGAAGUGGUUGUUCGGUUACUUUAUGUGCGACGUUUGGAACAGUUUGGACGUGUACUUCUCUACUGCCAGCAUACUGCAUCUCUGUUGCAUCAGCGUGGAUCGUUACUACGCCAUAGUAAGGCCACUCGAAUAUCCCAUUACCAUGACUCAUAAAACCGUCUCUUUCAUGCUAGCCAACGUAUGGAUACUGCCCGCUUUAAUCAGUUUCACUCCGAUAUUUCUCGGUUGGUACACCACAGAACAGCACAAAAUCGACAGGUUGAGUAAUCCUAACAUGUGCGAAUUUGUCGUCAACAAAUAUUAUGCCAUAAUAAGUAGUUCGAUAAGUUUCUGGAUCCCGGGGAUCGUCAUGAUCACCAUGUAUUGUAGGAUAUACAAGGAAGCUGUUAGGCAAAGAAAAGCUUUAACGCGAACGUCAUCGAAUAUCAUCUUAAAUUCGAUUCACCAGCAUCGUACUUCUUACAGGGAUAGGUACUGUGAGCAUUACUUGCAUCCAUCGGAUGGAGAAUUGACCACGGUGGGGCAGAUCAACGGAAGAAGGAGCACUAGUUCUGGAUCUGCUGUGUCUUAUGGCACUACAACUACUGAGUUCAAUACCGCUAUGAACACAAGAGAUAACAGCAAAGCAGCCACCGAGUUAAAUGUUAAUGGUAAGUUUUCUGUUGAAUGA